ACUCAAGGGUCGGCAGGUAGAAAGGAGGUCUUCGGCUUCGCAUUAGUGGACAGGCCGGUAGUGGUGUGAGAGGUGGGAUGCCGUGGGGCCCUCUUCUGCCUACCCCUCUGUUAAAUAUUACCGCGAGGCUGCAAAGUGAAGAUAGCCUGAAUUAUUUGUGCGAUGUGCAGUGCCACGCGUCAAGAACAGGAUGUGGAAAUAAGACCAUUACUGAAGGACAUGGUUUAUGGUUAAUUAUGUAGACUGACGUACGUAAAAAAUAAAUAAAUAAAAAAAAAUCUUGAAAAGGUUAUUGACCCAGUAAAUAAGAAGUUACGGUGUUUGAUUCAAGUCGAAACACAAAUAAGUGUGAAGCGAAUGAUAAGACUCAUCCAAUACACGAAAACGCAGAACACACUUGAAAAGAUAAGUAAUACAGUAAAUAAAUUAGUAUGCUAUUUGACAAGAGUUGGAACUUCAAGAAACACAUGUGAAGAGCCUAAUUAGACUAAUUUUAUCAUCUGAUGCACGAAAAGAAGGCCCAACAUACCUGAAAAGAUAAGUAGUCCAAUAUAUAAGUAAAUACGGUGCUUGGUACGAGGUAAAACUUUAAAAAAAAUGUAUGAAAUUAUCAGAGAAAUUGUUAGUACACGAAAUAAAGGCAAAACGCACUUGAAAACCUAACGAACCCAGUACAUCACAACCAGUGACGUGUGAUAGAGUGAAACCUUGAAGAAAACACAUGUGAAAUGACUAACAGCAUAAAUUUUGUCAGGUAACACACGAAAGGCAAAACACACCUGAAGAUAUAAAAAACCGAAUAAAUAAAUACACCUGACAUAUGAUAGAAGUAAUGAGUGAAAACAUAAAGAAAACACGUGUGGCAUAACGAUAAAAUCCCAGUGAAUACCAGGAACUUUACUUGUUAGCAUUUAGAAAAGCUGAAUAUUUGAUUAAGAUGAAAAGCAAACCAGCCCAGGUGUUGAGGCCGCAGCACAGGUGUAACACAGAUCGAACAUGUGUACACGAGGGAAACACACCUGUGCAGGACACUGAAACACGCCAGGAACACGUGAACAUAACAAACAGACAGAUAGACGCAGAAGUUUUAGCCAUAGAUGUUUGUUCCCGGGUUGUUCCUCAAGAGGGGAAGAGGGAGAGGGAAAGGACAGGUGUGGCGGGACUUUGGGCGUCUGUUCUGCUGUGUGUUGUCCUCACUCUUGUGCUUGUCAAUGAUAUGGUGACCUAUGGAGCUGUGAAGAACAUGGAAAGUGAGGCAGCAGAGGUGGCGGCCUACCCACCCAUGAAUGUUGUGGUGUAUUAUGAGGCGUUGUGUCCUGAUAGCCGGUACUUUGUCCUCAAGCAACUCAAACCAACGUAUGGGAAACUGCGCUCCAUCAUGUCUGUGUCCUUUGUCCCAUACGGCAAGGCACAGACAACAGAGAAGGAAGGGAAGUAUACAUUUACCUGUCAGCAUGGACCAGUAGAGUGCCGCGCCAACACUGUGCACGCAUGUGUCACCAAUGCCAUCAGGGACGAGGAAAAGCAGUUGGACAUUGUGAGCUGCAUGAUAGAGAGAAAUGAACAGCCUAUGAAGGUCGGCCAGAAGUGUGUGGAGAAGUUUGGCGAGGAGUGGAGUAAGGUGGCGCAGUGUGUGGAGUCAGACAAGGGCGCCAGUAUCCUGAAGCACAUGGGGGAUAUGACCCACAGCUUGCGUCCUAAAGUGUCCUUCAUUCCUACAGUAGAGAUUGAUGGGAGCCUGAGUGAACAGUCUCAGAUACUGCAAGACAUCCACAAGGUGUUAUGUCGGAGAUACAAGGGACCCAAGCCGCCUUCCUGCUAGCCUUCACACACACACACACACACACACACACAUGAUGUAUAGAACACAUUAUGAAUACAGAUUAUCAUUCCUCUCACACAAUUCUCUCACACACACACACACACACACACACACACACACACACACACACACACACACACACACACACACACACACACACACACACACACACACACACACACACACACACACACACACACACACACACACACACGCACGCACACACACAAUCUCUCGUUUUUAUUGCCUAAGAUAACUUUAAGGACAUGUUUGUUUAUUUAAUAUUUCUGUUUUUAUAUUAUUGUAUUAUUAUUUUUUUUUUAUUAUUUUUUUUUUUUUCUUGCAGUUUUCAGCAUCUAUAGCAAUUGUUUCCAUCUUUCAGAGUUUAUUUCGCUUAUACUUUUGUUUAUGUUGACGAUUGUGACGAGGAAGAAUUUGUGUUAAAACUUCUUACGUUUUUAUUUAUUUAUUUAAUCGACGACUGAGAGAAAGGCAUCUCAUGUAUAAGAAAACCAAUUUUGUACAACUAUUAUUACUACUAAUAUCACUUUACCAUUAUCACUAUACAUAACAUGGCAAUAGGUAGACUUGUGAUAUGUAGUUUUGUAUGUAAUGUUUACACACACACACACACACACACACACACACACACACACACACACACACACACACACACACACACACACACACACACACACACACACACACACACACACACACACACAA